AUGCCGUACGACUCGGUGGCGCUAGGCGUUGUCGCCAGCCCUGGGGCGUCACCGCGGGGCUCGCAGCAUGUGGCCGAGUCCUUCUACUACACGCUCGUGUUCCCGGUGCCCUCGGUGCGCGAGAUGCCGCGCGUCAGCUUUGGCGAAGUGUGCGAGAUGCUGCGAGGGGUGACGGCGGGGGGAUCGGGGCGAGAGGCUCGGGCGAUCGACGAGAUGCGCGCGGCGUGGGAGGCCAAGUUCCGCUCGGGGCCGCCCAUGGCGCAGGACUUGAUCCCGUUCUCGGCCCUGCAGGAGCUCGUGCGCGACGUGGUCCUCGCCCGCUUUUCCGCUCUGCCGGGGAUGACGGUGCGCUCGCGGACGGAGACCCAAGGCAGUGGACGGAUACUGCUGAGCUUCCGCCCCUCCCCAGCGCUGCUGAGGGCCACGGCGGAGCGACUCAACGUCCGAGUGCCGUGCUCGGUGGCACUCGAGCUUGGAAAGGAAGGAGCAAAGCUCUGGGGCCAAGCCGAAGCCCAAGAGGAGAUCUACCGACUCUUCCUGGCAGGGAAAAUCACCGCGGAGGACGCGCAGAUCUACGACUACGAAGACAGCGGCAUGUGGUCCCGUCGACUGCGAGCUCUGCAGCGCUUCUCGUCCAAGAUCCGGGUGCAGGCUGAAGAAGACGCGGUGUAUCUCCCGUUCCGAGACCUUGCAGCGCUGCGUUACGUCUACCGGCAGAUUGACGACGAGGGGGACGGCGGGGGCGACGUUGACGGCAGUACGCUGUCGCCGUUCCGUGUGGCGGACAAGAUCCGCAUGACGAAGGCACUGAUCGAUGCCGAGUUCGACUGCGACGCCCUGAUGGAGCGCGGACUGCUGGAUCAUCACCUCUGUCCGCACACGCACCGAACAACUGACGUGGACACGUCCCUGGAUGUGCUUCGAGUGCAGUGGGGCGCGUUCCCAAGCCCCUGGGAGGUCUUUUGUGGUCUGUUCAGGUGGCUGCGCAAGACAGAACCGGCAACGGAUCCUCUCGUCCACGUCCGGAACUACUUAGGAGAGCAGCUCGCACUAUAUUUUGCGUUUGCUUCGUUCCACGCU